AAGAUUAAACUGGAGGAAAAAUCUGCGGUUGAUUGUAGCAGUUUACAAAAAUGUAGGCUCAGUGAUUUUGAGGUCCGGUACAAAAAUCAAUAGCGAUCUCAAAAGUAGAUCUUUGUCAUUUUCGAAACAUCUGAACUCAACAGAAGAACCACGAUGGGUAAAUCGUCAAAGGACAAAAGAGAUGUGUAUUACCGACUGGCAAAAGAAGAAGGUUGGCGUGCAAGAAGUGCUUUUAAGUUAUUGCAACUUGAUGAAGAAUUCAACUUUUUAAAAGGUGUGCAACGAGCAGUUGAUCUGUGUGCUGCACCUGGUAGCUGGUCCCAAGUGCUUUCAAAGCGUUUAAAUGAAAACCAUAAAGAAACUCCAGAGAUGCCAGAACCUAAAAUUGUAGCUGUUGAUUUGCAAGCCAUGGCACCGUUGGAAGGCGUUAUUCAAUUGCAAGGCGAUAUUACCAAGAAAUCAACAGCAGAACAAAUCAUCUCUUAUUUUGAUGGUAGUAAAGCAGAUAUAGUGAUAUGUGAUGGUGCGCCUGAUGUGACGGGCCUUCAUGAUAUGGAUGAAUACAUUCAAGCGCAACUAUUACUAGCUGCUCUCAACAUUACAACCCACGUACUUCGCCCAGGAGGCACCUUUGUUGCUAAAAUAUUUCGUGGCAAAGAUAUAACAUUACUAUAUAGUCAGCUCAAAAUCUUUUUCCCUACCGUUACCUGCAGCAAACCUAGAAGCUCCCGUAAUUCUAGCAUCGAGUCCUUCAUUGUUUGCCAGAAUUAUCAGCCGCCUGAGAACUACACACCCACAAUGGCUAACCCUUUAUUAGACUUUCAAUAUGAUGAAGUAAAUCAAUUGACUGGCCCUAAUAGGACUAUUGUACCUUUUAUUGCAUGUGGCGAUUUGAAUGGCUACGAUGCAGAUAGAACGUAUCCUUUACAAGACUCUUACAAACAAUUAGAUCCUUUGCAACCACCCAUUACAGCUCCCUACAAGACAGCAAUUGAAUUGAAGAGGAACAACUUCUAUAAUAAAUAGUGUUUGUUUUUCGGUUUUUUUGUUUAGAAAAAAAAUUUGAGCUUUUUGAUUUUACUUGUUAUCUUAAGAGUA